AAUGUAGUUCCCGGUACCUACGCCCCCUCGUGAACUAAACUACCAGUCAAAUUGUAAACGACUACAACUCCCAACCAAUCACGCAUAGAUCCAGGAAGUCAGGUUGUUCAAGACGGUUGCUCCAUCGUUACCAACAUAAAACAGAAUGGCAAAGGGAUUUAGAUGUGUUGAAUGCAAUAAGGACGCGCACGAGCUUCACAGAGAUUACAGUAAUGGGAUCUUGAAGAUAACCAUAUGUGUGAGUUAACAAGCUGUCUCAUGUUGAUUUAUUGGUUAAGAUAUUAGCUAGCUAACUGGUGAUGCUAGGCUUAGCUAGGAAUUAAGCCAAAGGGACCUGUGACUGCCAGCUGGGUUUCUCUGUUCUGUUUCUAUUGAAGUUAUGAUGCCUGAUGAUGGAUAGCUAGCUGAAAUGUAUAUAGAGUAAAUGGUUAGUGGUUGGGUCUCUACCAUUAUAACAGAGAAAAGAGUAAGCUAACUAUAUAGUUUAGCCAUAGAAGCUGGAUAAAUGCUUGUGGUGUGAUGGUGUGCCUGUCUGUCUCUAUUUCUUUCAGGGAUCCUGCCAAAAGCCUGUGGACAAGUACAUUGAAUACGAUCCAGUCAUUAUUCUAAUUGAUGCCAUUUUAUGCAAAACCCAAGCAUUCAGACAUAUUCUGUUCAACACUACAUUGAAUGUAAGUACAGUAAGACACUGAAAAACUGUUAGUCAGAGUACAGUGCAUGCUUUAGAAAAUGUAUGCAACUUAACACAGCAUUUACACUGCAGACAGAGACACAAUUAAUUAUGCCAUGUCUUGUUGAUGGUUUCUUCCACAGAUUCACUGGAAACUGUGUGUGUUUUGCCUGUUGUGUGAGGCCUACCUGAGGUGGUCACAACUCCAGGGAUCUGAACAUAGCAAUGACCCAGCAGACAUCAUUAGAUACACCAAGGAAUGGGAUUUCUAUGGCAUGUUUGGGAUGGCAGCUCUUGGUGGGUCUACAAAGUACAAAGCACAUUAUUAUUAUUAUUAUUAUUAUUAUUAUUAUUAUUAACAACUCAUGCAUUUCAUUAGCAAACAUGCAUAUGACAAUGUUAAUAGCAAUGUUAUAACAAAGUUUCCAAGUGUAGAGGAAGUGACAAAUCCUGCUUUCUUUACACACCGAUUCCAUACAAAUGACAGCCUCCUGAUGGUUGGUACUGAUUUCAUGUUAAUUUGUCCACAGAAUUGGGUGCGUUCUCUGUUGGAGUGCUGUCCUUCCUGUGGCUGGUGCAGUGGUUGCUUGGCUUUGACUUUGAACUGAGCUUACAGCUGAAAGCCCUCCUGCUGUCCAGCUAUGGAAAGGUUCUGCUCAUCCCUGCAGUCAUAUGGGAGCAUGACUACUCCCCGCUCUGCUUCAGCCUCAUCAAGCUGUUUGUGCUCACGUCCAACUAUCAGGCCAUAAGAGGUACAUUAGCCAACACCUCCCUCAGUGUUCCAAUGCUCCCAUUAGUCACUCACAUUUAUAAUAUAAGAUAUAAUAUAAUAUGCCAUUUAGCAGACGCUUUUAUCCAAAGCGACUUACAGUCAUGUGCGCAUACAUUUUUACGUAUGGGUGGUCCCGGGGAUCGAACCCACAACCCUGGCGUUACAAGCGCCAUUGUCUACCAAUUGAGCUACAGAGGACCACAUUUAGCUCCAUCUCUGUUCCUGACAAUUCAGCGAGGGAAUUGGAGGGAAAAUGGAUUGAAAAGUUAUAAUUUCUCAUUAUUGAUACUACAAUAUAACCUAUUUCAUACACUACAUGACCAAAUGUAUGUGGACACCUGCUCAUCGAACAUCUCAUUCCAAAAUCAUGGGCAUUAAUAUGGAGUUGGUCCCCCCUUUGCUGCUAUAACAGCCUCCACUCUUCUGGGAAGGCUUUCCACUAGAUGUAGGAACAUUGCUGCGGGGACUUGCUUCCAUUCAGCCACAAGUGCAUUAGUUAGGUUGGGCACUGAUGUUGGGCGAUUAGGCCUGGCUCGCAGUCGGUGUUCCAGUUCAUCCCAAAGGUGUUCGAUGGUGUUGAGGUCAGGGCUCUGUGCAGGCCAGUCAAGUUCUUCCACACCGAUCUCGACAAACCAUUUCUGUAUGGACCUCGCUUUGUGCACAGGGGUAUUGUCAUGCUGAAUCAGGAAAGGGCCUUCCCCUAACUCUUGCCACAAAGUUGGAAGCACAGAAUUGUAUAGAAUGUCAUUGUAUGCUGUAGCGUUAAGAUUGCCCUUCACUGGAACUAAAGGGCCUAGCCCGAACCAUGAAAAACAGCCCCGGACCAUUAUUCCUCCUCCACCAAACUUUACAAUUGGCACUAUGCAUUGGGGCAGGUAGCGUUCUCCUGGCAUCCGCCAAACCUAGAUUUGUCAGUUGGACUGCCAGAUGGUGAAGUGUGAUUCAUCACUCCAGAGAACGCGUUUCCACUGCUCCAGAGUCCAAUGGCGUCGAGCUUUACACCACUCCAGCUGACACUUGGCAUUGCGCAUGGUGAUCUUAGGCUUGUGUGCGGCUGGCCAUGGAAACCCAUUUCAUGAACAGUUCUUGUGCUAACAUUGCUUCCAGAGGCAGUUUGGAACUCGGUAGUGAGUGUUGCAACCGAGCACAGACGAUUCAGCACCCUGUUCUGUGAGCUUGUGUGGCCUACCACUUCAUGGCUGAGCCAGUGUUGCUCCUAGACGUUUCCACUUCACAAUAAUAGCACUUACAGUUGUCCAGGGCAGCUCUAGCAGGGCAGAAAUUUGACGAACUGACUUGUUGGAAAGGUGGCAUCCUAUGACAGUGCCAUGUUGAAAGUCACUGAGCUCUUCAGUAAGGCCAUUCUACUGCCAAUGUUUGUCUAUAGAGAUUGCAUGGCUGUGUGCUCGAUUUUAUACACCUGUCAGAAACGGGUGUGGCUGAAAUAGCCGAAUCCACUAAUUUGAAGAGGUGUCCAUUUACUUUUGCAUAUAUAGUGUACAUCGAGCACCAUAGAUCUCACCUUUUGACAUCAGUCAUUUUCAAUGAAAGGGUAAAUGGACAGCUCACAGGGUAUUGAUUGGGAGGCUAGGAGCACUGGUGUGCACCAGCAGAUGGCAGCACUUACUCCUAGCUUGAAUCUAUGUUAAAACAUGAAUUCCAUUUUUCCUUAGAGUUACUAAAAUAGGCAGUUAUAAAUAGUUCCAAAACUGUCCAAAGCUAAUCCAUUAAUUCACUAAAACAAUCAUCCGCGCAAGCAAGCAUUAGUUUCUAUGUGCCCCUGUGGUUUGUCACGUUUGACAGGAUAAUGGCCUAAUGGAUUAUUGUAUCUGUUUAUUGCACUGAUGGGUUAUUCCGUUUCCUGACAAUAAUGAUUGGCAAUAAUGGCAGUAUUUUUGCAAUGGAUUGGAUAAGGUGAAUUAAUCAUUAAACCCUAUUCGGACGGGAUUAAUUUUACUGGGGGAGGUCGGGUAAUGUAAUUAUGUGCACAAGCACAAAACACCACAUCUGUAAUUUUAGUCCCGUCCGAAUCUGCCAUGGCAGUAAUUUUUACAUGGCAGGAGAGUAACAAUUCCAGUCAGAAUAACCUACAGUUUUUUGGAAAACUCCAAAGUCCUCUGAUAAUACUAGUCCCUUGAGAAUCGACAUCCCAGUGUUUUGAGAGAAAUGUCUGAGUUUGACAGGUUUUGCUCACAGUUUUAGCAAGAAAACUAACUGAUUCGAAAGAUUGAACAAAGUGCUGCGCAUAGUUUAUAUAUGAAGGGCCUACAUGUAUCAACUUUCACAGUGAAUGCUUUUAUGUACAGUGACUUCGGAAAGUAUUCAGACCCCUUGACUUUUUCCACAUUUUGUUAGGUUACAGCCUUAUUCUAAAAUUGAUUAAAUCGGUUUUAAAUCUACACACAAUACCCCAUAAUGACAAGCCAAAAACAGGUUUUUAGACAUUUUUGCUAAUUUAUAUAUAUUUUUAAACACGGAAAUAUUACAUUUACAUAAGUAUUCAGACCCUUUACUCAGUACUUUGUUGAAGCACCUUUGGCAGCGAUUACAGCCUCAAGCCUUGUUGGGUAUGAAGCUACAAGCUUGGCACACCUGUAUUUGGGGAGUUUCUCCCAUUCUUCUCUGCAGAUCCUCUCAAGCUCUAUCCGUUUGGAUGGGGAGCGUUGCUGCACAGCUAUUUUCAGGUCUCUCCAGAGAUGUUCGAUCGGGUUCAAGUCCGGGCUCUGGCUGGGCCACUCAAGGACAUUCAGAGACUUGUCCCGAAGCCACUCCUGCGUUGUCUUGUCUGUGUGCUUAGGAUCGUUGUCCUGUUGGAAGGUGAACCUUCGCCCCAGUCUGAGGUCCUGAGCGCUCUGGAGCAGGUUUUCUCUGUACUUUGCUCCGUUCAUCUUUGCCUCGAUCCUGACUAGUCUCCCAGUCCCUGCCGCUGAAAAACAUCCCCACAGCAUGAUGCUGCCACCACCAUGCUUCACCGUAGGGAUGGUGCCAAGUUUCCUCCAGAAGUGAAGCUUGUUAUUCAGGCCAAAGAGUUCAACCUUGGUUUCAUCAGACCAGAGAAUCUUGUUUCUCAUGGUCUGAGUCUUUAGGUGCCUUUUGGCAAACUCCAAGCGGGCUGUCAUGUGCCUUUUACUGAGGAGUGGCUUCCGUCUGGCCACUCUACCAUAAAGGCCUGAUUGGUGGAGUGCUGCAGAGAUGGUUGUCCUUCUGGAAGGUUCUCCCAUCUCCACAGAGGAACUCUAGAGCUCUGUCAGAGUAACCAUUGGGUUCUUGGUCACCUCCCUGUCCAAGGCACUUCUCCCCCGAUUGCUCAGUUUGGCCCGGGCGGCCAGCUCAAGGAAGAGUCUUGGUGGUUCCAAACUUCCUCCAUUUAAGAAUGAUGGAGGCCACUGUGUUCUUGGGGACCUUCAAUGCUGCAGAAAUGUUUUGGUACCCUUCCCCAGAUCUGUGCCUCGACACAAUCCUGUCUCAGAACUCUAGGGACAAUUCCUUCGACCUCUUGAUUUGGUUUUUGAUCUGACAUGCACUCUCAACUGUGGGACCUUAUAUAGACAGGUGUGUGCCUUUCCAAAUCAUGUCCAAUCAAUAGAAUUUACCACAGGUGGACUCCAAUCAAGUUGUAGAAACAUCUCAAGGAUGAUCAAUGGAAACAGGUUGCACCUGAGCUCAAUUUCGAUUCUCAUAGCAAAGGGUUUGAAUACUUAUGUAAAUAAGGUAUUUCUGUUUUUUAUUUUUAAUAAAUGUGCAAAAAUGUCUAAACCUGUUUUCGCUUUGUCAUUAUGGGGUAUUGUGUGUAGAUUGCUGAGGAUUUUUAUUAAUUUAAUCAAUUUUAGAUUAAGGCUGUAACGUAACAAAAUGUGGAAAAAGUCAAGGGGUCUGAAUACUUUCUGAAGGCACUGUAUAUGUUUUGAGCGUAUAAAUUGAAUACUGCCUAAUGCAUCAGUAAAAAUAUUGCGCAUAUUAAAUGUAACCCUUGCUGUGAAUAGAUGGCAAUGCAGCAUAUAACUGACCUAAACUUUUGGAAAUGAUAAAUUCACUUUCUCAUCCAUAGCCUUAAAACGCAUCUCAAGUGCAAGUGCACUGUUUAGCUCACAUCUGAAGGCUGGGGGGCAUUUAGGAGGUCUACUGCGGAUCGCUAAAAUAUCCGAAUGAUUAUGAUCACACUUCCUCAAUUCAAAUAUUAUGGCGACGCUAUACCAAAGAUGGUUGGUAUGGUUUAGAAACUCGGGAACCAAGCUCGAGUUAUAAGUGUAGCCCUGUUAUGUCCUGGACUUAUUGAAAUAUCUUCACGCCUAGAAAAAAACCUCCAGGUUUCCGUCAUAACUGUCAAUAUAUUGAAAAAAGUAAAGAACUACAGGCUGCAGUAUAAAUGAUUUUCUUAUCUACAGGAAGUAGGAGUUUAACAUGAUUCCAAAGAUGUUCAAAACAAGUACUUUUCCUGCAUAUUGUCAUGUUUGUGUUCUUGCAAGAUGUGAUCAUUUCCUCUCCUCUCUUUUCCAGUCAUUCUAAACUGCAGCAGAAGGCUAUCCCUGCUGGCUGUGUGUGUGGGUCUGCUGUUAGAAACGUGCGUAGCCUGGGCGUUUCAGACACUUCCAUGGAGCAUACAGGACAUCCUGCCGUUCCAGUGACCUGUUUCAGGCCAGUCCUGAAGAACACACUGUUACAAUGGCACCUAUUAUACCCUGGACCAGAGCACUGUGUGGAGUGUGCCUAGUCAUAUACAGUGAGGUCCAAAAGUAUUUUGGACAGUGACACUUUUUGUUGUUGUUUUGGCUCUGU